GGGUAGUUUUAUGGUUUCGGGUGAACAUUUCUUUGUUUCAAAUCAACUUGGUAACCAUGUGAAAACCGUGUUUUCGUACCGUGCCGACUUUCUUAGAAUGUCCAAAAAUAUUUUUCUUUGUCCUCAGAACACCCAAAUAGGUCUUGAGUGCAACUUUCUCGAUGUCUCUUCCACGUCGAUCUACUGUUCCAGCAAUUGUAUCAAUCCACCUCGCACGAAAGAUGACACUCGUAUGUUCUCCGUCGACAAGGAGUACUUCUAGUGAUUCAAUUGUUCUCGAUGAAAGCAUUGAUAGAUCAAUGGACAGAUGGCAAGUCUCUCAGGAGGUUGCUCAGCUCGGUAUUCAUGAAAGGUACUCGAUCAAAGCAGAUAUCUGAUUCCACAGCCAAGCCUUUGCCAACACUAAAUACGGUUUUGGUUUCUGAAGCACCUCAGACAGCAACAACAUCAACUUCAGUAAAUCAGGGCUCGAGCAGAGGAGAGACCUCUUCGAUAUCUACAUUCGGAAGCGGAUUGAUGAGAAGAAUAAGAGCAAGUAGAAUAAGUCCUAGUGCGGAUAGUCCUCUCCGAAGAGAACCCCUAUCGCCUUCCAGCGUAGUGUUGACCGAUGCCACAUCACUUUCAUCUCCGCAUCAACAAAAUCUUAAGAAAUGUCGCACAUGCUCCUACGAGCUGCCGACAUCAAUAAUUGACCAGGGAGAUCCACCGGAGCGAGCACCUUUGACUGCAAGGUACCCCGAGAUAUUUACCUACAUGAGACGAAAUGGUGUCCCAAACUCUGCUCUAGCUUUGACGAAUGACAUUGUGAGAAACUUGAACGAAAUAUUCUACUGGGAAGGACAAUUCAAUGAUCAUAAGAGGAUUGUAAAUCGAUUGGAUGAUGAAUAUGAGUGUGUUGAGAUGACUUUGAAUGAACUCAAUCACCUACUUCCAUCGUCAGGUAGCACAGUUCAAGGUGAUCGAGAUGCGAAAUUGGAAGAAUUGAAAUAUCUUUCCAAUGUUUCCUCGCGCAUUCAAGAACAAAAGCGGGAGCUACAAGAAGCUACAGAGCGCGAAUAUGGAGAAUUAAGUGAGCAAAGAAACACAUUAUUCAACACGUUGAGGGACGUGUUAAGGGAUCGAAAUCUUCUAGAUAAAAAAGGAAAGAAUUCUCGAUCGAACCAAUUUUAUCGCAUGCCGACUUCACAACUCGUACCUCAACACAAAGCACGUCGAAUAUUCACCCACAGCGAAGAAGCUCGAGAACGGAUCGAAAACGAACAACGAGAAGCCGUGGAUCAUAUGAAAGACAUGGGAUAUCGCUUAGAAGCGACGCAUCAACGGCUCGAUAAUUGGAAGCAUUAUUAUGAGAACGAAUAUGCAGAAUAUGCACGUGCAGUUAAGAAUGGAACAAUGGAGCCUGCUAGGAGUUUCUUCGAUCUGACUCUAUUGCAAGAACAUCAGGGGGCAAUUGAGGGGGUCAUUGAGGCCGAGAACGACUAUGAGAAAGCGAGGAAGCGAGUAAGGAUGUUGAACGUGGUGCUUAGUGAUGUUUAUCAGUCGAGUGGGUUCGCAAACUGUCCAGACGAUGGCUAUAGGGUCUCACUGGAAGAGGCUAUGGUCGGGGAUGUCGAUAGAGAGUGGAUUCUAGGUUGGAUGGAGAGGAACAAUGAAUCAGUAGAAUUUGGGGCUGAUAGAGACGAAUGGGAAGCAAAGUCGAUUGGUUUGGGCGAUAGCGUCAGCGUGGUUGCGAAAGGGAGAGAGAGAAAAAGAAUUGAUAGGUGGGGAGAGAUGUGUAUGGCAAUCGGGAAUGACCUUCCACAGUUGCCGAAAGUGGUUGAUCAUAAGUCUGCGUCGGAGCCCAGCCAGACAGGCUUUGAUGUCGCAAAUCAAUGAUCCAGGCAGCGGAUCCUGGACUUUCUGCUACUCAAUCCGCCACUCUUAUAUAUCUAAUUUUGCA